UAAUAACAUGAUCAACCAAAACUCUGAUAUUUAACCACACCAAACGCCAACACAAUUUCCACGACACUACCACACCAAAAUUACAUCAAACCAACACAACUUCUUCACUCUACUUAAAGACAACAAAGGGCAGAAGCGUCAUUUCUCGAAAACCGCGUCAACCGCAUCUACUGGUAGUACAAGUAACACCAAGAAUUCAAGAUAAAUAAACGUUACCAGUACAACGAACCACCACACACACUGCAUCAAUAAAAAGAAACCUUCGACUCCCACACACAACAACGACAACAUGGAAAACGACGACGGCAAGGAAAUCGAAGCGAAGGAUUACGCGCUUAGCGGCAAGAUAAUGCUAAUCGCCAUCGUCGUUCUCUUCGUCAUCAUCAUCAUAAUGCUUUGCCUCCACGUCUACGUCCGCUGCACCCUCCUUCGAGCUCGCCGCCGGCAACAACUUCGCCGAAGAAUCAACCGCCCGCGGUUCGUGUUCUACAUCGACCCCGCCGCCCGCAUUGCCCUCACCUCGCGCGGCCUCCACCCCUCCGUCAUCUCCACGCUCCCGGUCUUCACCUUCUCCGAUUCCACCCAAAAAUCGGAAUGCGCGGUGUGCUUGUCUGAGUUUGAGAACGGGGAAACGGGUCGGGUCUUACCCAAAUGCAACCAUAGUUUCCAUACUGAGUGCAUCGACAUCUGGUUCCAGUCCCACACCACGUGUCCGCUUUGCAGGGCGCCUGUGGAGGCCAUUUCCGACCAAGAAACUCGAUCUGAGGAGGCUGUCGUUGUGUGUGAACCUGAAACGGUUGGGGAAGAGGUGGGCCGGUCAAUACCGGUUGGUUCUUCUUCUUCGCCGGUGAGUCGGAUAGUGUCGUUGAAGAGGAUUCUGAGUAGAGAGAAAAAGGGAAGCUCCACAACCACCGAGUUAGAUGCAGAACUGGAAGUGUGUGACUCGGUGAGUUGUUGAUGAGGAUAAAUCGGAGGUGACGUGGUGGUGGUGGAAUCUGAAUUCAAUGGAAGAUGGAAGACAAUUUUACGCUCUCUCAUAAUUUGCAUAAUUUGCAGACUGGAAGGAACGUGAUGUCAUAAUUUUUACAUGUACAAACUACACAUAGUUACUUGUAGUUAAAGAAAGAUUUUUUUCUUUUUCCUUUUUGAGUCUUUUUUAUUUUCUUUAAAUUCAAAUAAAAGAGAAUCAUUUAUUAUC